UUCCAUGCAACCAAGCCCAGAUCCCUGGGGGAUAAAAGGGGCACCCAUAUUCCCUUUCCUCAGAGAGCUGUGGAGUCUCUCUGGCUGUGCAGGGCCCUUCUCUGCUGCCGCGAUGAACCGGACGCUCAGCAUGAGGGCAGGAGGUGGAGGCCGAUCCUACAGCGCUGCCUCGGCCAUGAUUCCAAGCAGCAACAGGGCUGGCUUUAGCUCUGUGUCACGAUCGGGAGGAGGCGGAGGUGGCUUUGGGAGGCUCAUUGGAGGAGGUGGUGCUGGUGCUGGUGGAGGUUUUGGCAGCAGGAGCCUCUACAACCUUGGUGGUAGCAAGAGGAUUUCCAUCGGGGUUGGAAGCAGCUUCAGAGCGGCUUUUGGGAGUGGAGCUGCCGGUGGCUCCGGCCUGGGAGGUGGCGGUGGUGGGGGGGGCUAUGGGCUUGGUGGUGGCGGAGCUGGUGGUGGGCUUGGGCUGGGGCUUGGUGGUGGAGGUGGUGGAUUUGGCUUUGGUGGAGGUGCUGGUGGGCUUGGCUUUAGUGGUGGGCAGGGAGGUGGUGGAGGGUUUGGCUUGGGUGGACUGGUGGGGCUGGGAGGAUUUCCUGGGGGGCUGGGUGGUGGCAGGAACCCGGUGGGAUUUUCUGGUGGCCCAUCUGGAGUGGGUACAAUCCAAGAAGUGACUGUCAACCAGAGUCUGCUGGCACCACUGAACCUGGAGAUAGAUCCAAACAUCCAACAGGUGCGGAAAGAUGAGAAGGAGCAAAUCAAGACCCUCAACAACAAAUUUGCUUCUUUCAUUGACAAGGUUCGCUUCCUGGAGCAGCAGAACAAGGUGCUGGAGACCAAAUGGACCCUUCUGCAGGAGCAGGGCCAAAAAAACAACUCCAGCAAGAGCAACCUGGACCCGCUGUUUGAGGCCUACAUCAACAACCUGCGGCGGCAGUUGGCCAACCUGCUCAAUGAGCGGGGACGCAUAGAUGGGGAGCUGAAGAACAUGCAGGACCUCGUGGAGGACUUCAAGAACAAAUACGAAGAGGAAAUCAACCGGCGCACGGCAGCAGAGAACGAAUUUGUGGUGCUCAAGAAGGACGUGGAUGCUGCUUACAUGAACAAGGUGGAGCUGGAGGCCAAGGUGGAUGCCUUGAGUGAUGAACUCAACUUCCUUCGAGCCCUCUACGAGGCGGAGCUGGCCCAGCUCAGUGCCCAAGUGUCUGACACCGCCGUCAUCCUGUCCAUGGACAACAACCGGGACCUGGACCUGAGCAGCAUCAUCACCGAGGUCAAAGCUCAGUACGAGGACAUCGCCAACCGGAGCCGGGCCGAGGCUGAGGCUUGGUACCAAACCAAGUUUGAGGAGCUGCAGGCUACGGCUGGGAAACACGGUGAUGACCUGCGCAACACGAAGGGUGAAAUCUCAGAGCUCAACCGGCUCAUCCAGAGAAUCCGCUCUGAGAUAGAGAACACGAGGAACCAGUGUGCCACCCUGCAGACAGCCAUCGGAGACUCUGAGGAGCGCGGGGAAAUGGCUCUCAAGGACGCCAAGGCAAAGAUGAUUGACCUGGAAGAUGCCCUGCAGAAAGCCAAGGCUGACAUGGCCCGGCAGCUCCGGGAAUACCAGGAGCUCAUGAAUGUCAAACUGGCCCUGGACAUUGAGAUUGCGACCUACAGGAAGCUGCUGGAGGGCGAGGAGAGCAGGCUCAGCGGGGAGGGACUGAACCCCAUCAGCUACUCAGUCAUCAGCUCCAGCUCCGGCAUGGCUGGUGGAGCUGGCUUAGGAGGAGGAUUUGGUGGACUGAGCCUGAGUGGAGGAGGCGGAGGAAGUGGUUUUGGCCUUGGAGGAGGUGGUGGAAGCAGCUUUGGUCUUGGAGGAGGUGUUGGAAGCGGUUUUGGCCUUGGAGGAGGCGGCGGGAGCAGUUUUGGCCUUGGAGGAGGCGGCGGGAGCAGUUUUGGCCUUGGAGGAGGAGGCGGGAGUGGUUUCGGUCUUGGAGCUGGCAGUGGAGGAGGAGGAGGAGGAGGAGGAGGAGGAAGCUACAGCUUUGGAAGCGGAGGAGGACUUGGAUUUGGGACUGGAGUUGGUCUUGGAGGUGGAUUUGGAGGAGGGAGUGGUCUGGGCACUGCUGGCAGCCACAGCCAUGCCGGAGGCAGCAGCAGCGCCCUGAGCACCAGCGGAGGGAAUUUCAGCUCUGGAAGUGCAAAAGGCACCAACCCAGGUGUGAAAAUCGUCUCCAAAACCUCCUCCAGCAAAAAGAGCAUAAAAAGCCAAAGCCUGAAGAAUGCCACAGAGCACGAAUAAAGCCAAGCCCAGACCCUCCCGUGGUUCCUCUGUUCCUCCUGCCCCAUUCUCACCCACCUCCACCCCUCCAGCUGCCUCUGCCCUGCUUCUGCUCUGUAGUUCCCACGCAUUUGGAUCUCAGGUCAAGAAAAGCAGUGGAACACACGGCAACCAGAGCUCUCCAAGUCCCUGAAACAGGAGUAAAAGGAAAACACAGGCUUAAAUGAUUGUUCUGAAUGGGGAACUGGUUUGGUUUUCUACUUGUUUGUUUUUAAUAAGGCCAAGCAGUUUGUGAUUGUGGCCACCCACAGCCAUCAGCUAAAACAGAGCAGAUAGCAGGGAGGGUUUUAGCUCAGUUCUGGCCCCCAGAAGCCCAGGGAUGGGCUGGGAACGUGUGUUUAGCUCACCCUGCCUUGCCUUCACUGCUGGGAUGAGCCCAACUUGCUCCUUCACAGGAGAAGCUCAUCUUCAUCACAGAUCUGGGGUUUUUUUCUGCUGUGUAGAAAUCCCCCUGGAGGCCACUCAAAGAUCCCAGGCAGUGGCUUGUAAUGUCCCUCUUAAAAUAUCCUUCAUUCUGAGUCACUCUUGUGAGAUGGAAAAUCCCUCUUUCCUCCAUUCACAGCCAAGUUUUGAAAGAUAAGAUUCUUCCAGAUAUUGCCAAGUUUUGCUGCUGAGUCAGCUCAGGCUCUUGAGCCUGACCAGGCAUUCAGAGCACUCAUGUUCGAGCAGCAGCCUGAGAUGCCUCCACCCACAGAUGAGAAUUCACGAGCUUAUCAAAAAGCUUUUCCCAGAUCACUCUCCCAUUCCUGUCCUUUCUCUUCUUAAAUGAGUUUGCCUGCAGUGGCACCUUACACGUAACCUCGGGGGUGGUUUCUGUCAGAGGAUUCACCAGUGAUUGAUCCAGAACCGAUAGAAAAGGGCUUGUUUUCAAAAUAAAAGGAUUUUUAAAUUCUAAAUAACGUUUGAGACAACGAGUCCUUCAAAAGCAAGUCCAUUGUUUGCAGUUAAAUGGGGGUUUUGUUCUGUCCCAUGCAAGGUUUUGCUGGAAUGUCUUCAAAAAUUCCCAAAUCCUCCAACAGUCCCAGUCUUGCUGUCUUUCCCCACGACCUUGGUUGCAGCAGGUGGGGAGAGUCUGAGACUGUGAAAAUCACACUGGAAAAGCUUCCUGAAGGACCCUGUCCACUGCUCCUGGGGGAAUUCCAGCAUCUCCUCUCUGUGUGGGUUCCUCUGCCAAAAUAAAGACUUUUGGGCAACUGGGAAGUGCAGCAGGUUCCAUCCCAGUGGGUGGGAAAUGAGGCAGUCGAGAGCAGGAUCCCAAAGGAACUCCAGCGUCCCAAAUCUAUUUUCCCCUUUUCUGGUGGAAUUUACCCCUCUGGCCUUCCACUGUGUCUUUGUAUUUUUGGAAAGCACCAUUAAAAACGAAAAUUGCAGCUUGUUAUACUUCCGCAGUAGUGACGCGACUCCAUGUUUCCC